AUGAGAAGAUGUGGUCCAACACCAGUUUUGACUGUCUUCGUCGCUUACGCUCCAACAUCAUGCUACGAAGAAGAAGAAGUCGAAGCUUUCUAUAUGGACCAGGAGAAGUUCUACCGAGAAGAUCAUGCCUUCAACAAGGUCAUAAUUGGCGUUUUCAACGCCAAAGUUGGCAAAAGAAGAACGCCAGAGGAACUUCACAUCGGGACCCACGGCCUACAAUGGAAUGACCAGCUCUCCGAGUUCAUCAUGACGACUAAGACCAUCCAUGGGAACUCGCAAUUCCAGAAGCCCUCCUCUCUACGCUGGACGUGGGAGUCACCCGGAGGAGGGUAUCGUAAUGAAAUAGACCACAUCAUCGUCAAUAAAAGGUUCUGCCUGAUGGACGUCGCUGUUGUACCAAAGUUCUAUACGGGAUCGGACCAUCGCCUCCUCCGAGGAAGAUUUUCUUUCACAAGGAGAGCAGAGAAAGCCGCCAAGUUCGGAGGGAGAAAUCCCAGAACUAUCAUCAACUGGGAUCUCUUCGCUACGUUAGCCGGCUUUUGGGAAGAUUCCGCAAUGGACAACAUCGACGACGAAUAUGACCGAGAGGCGAUAAAGGAAGACCUUAAAGAGAGAAGAGCAGAAGUGCUGGCUGAAGCCGCAGAGGCGGGAAAAAGUACCCGCUAUGCACGUCAAGACUUCGCCAGUCGCAAGAUGAGGAUGACUGCUCUCCAGAACCCAAAGGGAACAACCAUUGCAUCGAGAAGGGGGAUGGAGAAAAUCAUCUACGACUUCUACUCCGAUCUCUUCGACAGCCAUGUCCACUUGCCCUCCUCACCAUCUGAUGGAAGACGGACAAGUCAUUCCAGAGGUUCUCCCGUCCGAAAUACGACAUGCUACCAUGUCGGUAAGAAAUCGUGCGGCACCCGGUCCCGACAGAAUAAGACCAGAACACUUGAAGAACCUUCCGCCAGUACUCAUCAACACCUUGGCGAGGCUCUUUACACGUUACCUGUCGGAAUGCAAGGACAGCCAUGCGAGCAAGCAGGGUUUCGAAAAGGAUUCAGCACGAUUGACCACAUUCACACUGUUUCGAAACUCAUCGAGGUAUCACGAGAGUACAAGAUGCCGCUCUGUCUCACCUUCAUCGACUUAAAGAAGGCCUUCGACUCAGUUGAGACAGAAGCGGUCGUGGAAGCCUUGGACAACCAAGGCGUCCCUACAGAGUACGUAAAGAUACUUCGAGAGUUGUACAGUAAUUUCAUGACCUUAAUUUCGCCAUUCUACAAAAAUGUCAUCAUUGACGUCAAGAGGGGAGUCCGACAGGGUGACACAAUCUCACCCAAAAUAUUCACAACCACCCUCGAGAACGCAGUGCGAAAGUUGGAAUGGGACGACAUGGGAGUGAAGGUCGACGGUCGGCAGCUACACCAUUUGAUGCUGAUUCGCUGA